GCGACAGAUGGUAGUAAUGCGUCGAAUACGAUCAGCUGAUAUCCACGUCUCAUUCCUCGUGUUCGUUACAACUUAUGAUUGUGCGUGAUCUACGAAAUUCCAUUAUUAUAAAUAUAUUUGCAAUUUCGAUCGACCCGCAAUCUGAACAGUUACGCGUGUUGGUAUGUCCAACUUUCGCUCUUAACUCGACGUGAGAUUAACAAACUAGAACGCACUGGUAACGAAUGUGAAGAUUCUCGGAAUUGUGAGGUUAUGUUAUGUUAACACUUGCGAGUGUUUUGUAUUCUUCGUCACAUUAGUGGAGAUCAACAGAGCGCUGAAGUGAUCCAUCGUCAACGAAACAUCAACAAGAGAUCGUCAAUAAGUAAACAUCAAAAUGGCGGACUAUUGGAAAUCACAGAAUCGCAAGUACUGCGACUUCUGCAAGUGCUGGAUCGCCGAUAAUAAACCAAGUAUCGACUUCCACGAGGGCGGCAGGAAACACAAGGAAAAUGUCAGUAAGCGGCUCAAGGAGAUACACAAGAAUAGCGCGAAGCAAGCGAAGCAGAACAAAAAAUUCGUGGAUGAUAUCAAGAAGAUAGAGAACGCUGCUAUGGCUGCGUACCUGAAGGAUGUGGAGAAUAACACGCGAGACAUGACUGCUGAGAGGAUCAUUAAGGAGAAAUUAGACAGAAUAGAAACGAAAGAGACGCCUCAAAAUUGCGUGCCAUCAGCCGCUCCAGAAACAGUCCCGAGAUUCAAAAGUAAAACUGAGCAGGUUUUUCCAAUGGCUGCAGAUCCUUGCGAUCCCGCGACUUUGUCAAAGAGCAUGCCAUCGGUUCGUCGGGUACAACAGAGCGGUGAGAACAGGACUCCAGGGAAGAGUAAAACUAGUAAGACGAAGGGGAAAGGGAAGAAAGCCCGUGAGGACGAUCGUCCGAACGCGCCCGUCAGGAAACUGUGGUACGAAGCUCUCAGUCCCGAAGGAUACACAUACUACUGGCACAUCGAGACGAAUGAGUCGGUUUGGGAGCCUCCAGAGGAAGGUUACAUGACUUUCGGGGAACAAAAAGAGGAAGCGAAGGAAGAAGUACUUCAGAAGGAACUUUUGGAACAAUUAGAUAAGGAAGAAGCUAUUAAGAAGGUGGAUGUUAUCGAGGAACAACGGGCUAAUAUCGAAAGGGAGAAGAUGAAACAACUUAGAAAACAUCGGCCGCAAGCUACUGUUGAAAAUAACGAUGCCGAAAGUGACAGUGAGAAUGCGGGAGUGAAGAGAAUAGAGGCUGAAGAAGAACGACCUUAUAGAAGAGACUAUAGUGUGCCCGAGAGACCACAACCUUACGGGUCGUGGCAAAUUGUGCAGACAAUUGAGAAGAAACCAAUAGACCUGCAGUUACCAAAGCAGAAGCAUAUACAAGUACCUACAUUCGAGAAGAACAUAGAACGACCGCCUCUACGAAGAACUUUUAAGGAAAGAACUAUUAUAAAAAUAAAUACCGGUGAUAGUGAUGACGAAGGAACAGCGGUUACUUUUAAGAAACGUAAAAUUGGGAAUAAGAAUGUACGAAAAAGAGUGACUGACGAUUAAUACUCAUUUAUAAUGAUAACGCAAUUUUUUCUCUUUAAUUUUUAAUUAUUAAAUAAAAUGUUUUAACAUUUUACGUGAACAAUUAAAGGGAAGUUAAGAGUAAUAUUUGUGGAUCGGAGAUUAACGUAAAUAAUAAUCGUUACCUAUAUAUAAUGUUUUGCACAAAAACAUGUAAACUUGAUUCUUCAAACAAUGUACGCUUAUGUACAUUAAUAUGUAAAAAAUGUUAAUUCUAUUGUAUAUAAAUGUCUGAAUCCUUUACAUUAAAAAGUUUUAAUUAAUAUAA